AUGGCUUUCCGCAGCACAUCAGAGGAAAUGGACAGGCUGCAGCUCUCGGAGGAUGAUACAGACGAGCUCUGGGACUCGCCGUCGAAACAGGGUCAUAAAUCAUUCAGCCAGAAGCUUGCGGAAGACGAUAGCAGAAGCACCCCCGAACCCAGGCCACCCCACGAAGAGACGCUGUUCGACCAGGAGGAGGCUCGUGAGGUUGCGUUGCGUAAUGAGCUCCAGAGUGUGCGCAAUAUCAAUCAAGUGAUUGAAGGUCUUCUUGGUAGUCUCGAUUGUGCCAAGGGGAAUAUGGAUAAUGUCUCUCGAACUGUCAAUUCUGCUUCAACAUUGCUUAACACCUGGACACGGAUACUCUCCCAGACUGAACAUAACCAGCGACUGAUCCUCAAUCCAAACUGGCAAGGUGCCGUCCAAGAUGUCGCUGAUAUCGAAAACGAAUCAAUUGCGAGACAACAAGCAGCAGAGAGACGCGAACAAGAACUGCAACGCCAAAGAGAAGCUUUUGCUCGAAAGGCUGAGGAGGACGAGAGGAAGAGAGCACAGGCAACGACGACUAAAGGCACACGGGGGACUACUCGAGGCAGAGUUAUGCGCAGCACCGGCUUGGGAAGAACUCCGAGUGUUUCUUACUCGAGCACAAGCUCCAGCGCAUCGAGAACCGCGGCUACCAGGGGCUCUGGCACUACUACAACCACGAGAAGACCUAUCAGUGGAGCUCUUGGUGCUACCAGAGGCUCUGGGAUUGCGCGUGGCCAGCGCAGAGCUUAA